CAUUGGGUUCUGAUCAGGGGAAACCACCUGUUAGGUUGAGUUUAUAUUAUUUUGUUCAAACGCUAAUGAUCUCAUUUUUUAAUGUUUCUGUUUGGCUAUGGCCAAUCAUUUAUCUGCAAGCAGGACCACGUAACGUCUUCUUCAGCCGUCUCAACUGAAGAGGGCGUGUUUAUACUGUUAGUGGGUGCAGCAGCAUGUACAUCAUUCCUCUUUCAGCCGCAGGCCCACGACGUUACAAUGUCACAUGGAGGGGAUCUGUUUAAUUUUCCUUCUUUUUACCUGUGGAUCAUUUCAGAAAGGUCUAGCAGAUUUGAUCCAAACCCAGCAGACUGUAUUAGCAGCAGUGGGAGAAGAUGCUCCUCUCAGCUGUCUCCUCCUGGAAACUAAAGAUGUCCAGCAGGUCACCUGGCAGAAGGUCUUUGGGAAUAAAGAGAGGAACAUCUGCUCCUACAGCGAGUAUUUUAAUCAAACAGUGAAUUCUGACUUUAAAGAUAAAGUUCAGUUCACAGAAGCUGGACUGCAGAAUAACUCCAUAGUCAUCAGGAGUGUUACAGAGCAGGAUGAAGGAUGUUAUCUCUGCUUAUUCAACACCUUCCCUGAUGGAGCUCUGACAGCUGGAACCUGCCUGAAGGUUUAUGAGCUGCAUGGACCCGUCCUUGAUGUCAGCAGAUCAAGCUCUCCUGCAGGGUCAAAUGUGUCCUGUUCAGCCACAGGUCGACCUGCUCCCACUGUAACACUGACUGCUCCACAGCAGAACCUCAGCUUGUCCCUCUACAACACCACCAGGGUGAGCAACAGCAACGGUACCGUCACCGUCACCACCACAGCUCUGCUGUCAGCUUCCAGCAGCACACAGGUUGGAUGUUCAGUGUCAGUUCUCUCUGCUGCUCCCAGAGAGCUGCUGCUCACCGUUCCUGGACCCUCAGAGACAUCUGAUGAUGGUGUGGAUGAACAAUCUAGAUCAUCUGCCAGAGGCAGAUGGCCUCUGAUUAUUCCUGUCCUGAUGGUGGCUUUCUGUCCUUUUAUUUUGCUGAUCAGAAAAGAAUUUCACAAAAGGAAAUAGAAACCUUCAGCCGGACGGAUCACCUGUGCCAGAUAGCAAAGAGCUCAGACAACGAAAACUUGAAAAACAGAGGCAAAACAGCGAGUCCCAACCAUCGCCAUGAUGAGAGGAACACUUCCUUUUAGCAAAUGUUUAAUUAUCAACACUAACCAAACAAUGUGUGGUUAGAUAGAGAAGGCAGCUAAACAUGAACUAAACUGGAUCAAAUUGGAUCAAUUUCCGUACUCAUGCUGUUAGACGCUCCCAUGAUCACUUCCUGAUUGUUUACAAGUACUGCAAGACAAGUUUAUUUGUAGCACAUUUCAGUAACAAGACAAAAAUCAAAGUGUUGUACAUGAACAGAACAAAAGAAAAGAAAACAUACAGAGGAAAGUACAUUACAGUGGAACAGUAGCAGUAGGCCAAGAUAAAUUGGACUCUAAACUUGUUCAAUUCAGACAUUUGUAUUGAACAUUAACAUUUAAAGGCAACUCUAAACAAACAAGUUUUUAACCUUGAUUUAAAUGAACUCAGGGUUUCAA